AUGCAGAGCGGUUCUUCACCACCGUCCGACGAGACUGGUCCAAACUCUGGCUCUCCUACCGCCGGUCUGGCGGCUCAUGGUCUGUUGGAACACGACCCCGAUGAUUCUUUCGCCGAUGGUCGCAAGGCCAAGCGAGAAUUGUCGCAAUCAAAGCGAGCUGCCCAGAAUAGGGCUGCCCAGCGUGCCUUUCGACAAAGAAAAGAACAUUACAUCAAGAAGCUUGAACAGCAAGUACGUGAAUAUACAGACAUGGAACAGAAUGCGAAGGCUCUCCAAGCCGACAACUACGCACUUCGCGAUUACGUCAUACAAUUGCAAUCGCGUCUGUUGGAUUUACAGGUCGAGGUACCGCAACCUCCGCCAAACCUCAACAUCACGCCCCCAGUGGCCUCUAGUGCUCCCCGGCAUACACAUGCCAAUGCACCAGCGGAAGCUGGCCCAAGCAGCAGCUCCGCAGGCACUCUGGCAGAUGUGGCAGCAGCUGUUGCUGAUUUGAGAGCUAGAGAGCAACCGUCUGAUUCAAACUACGCGAAACCGGCCUACAAGCCAGGAAACCCCGAGGAGUCGCAUACCACGGUCGACAUUCGUAGGCAAAUACCACCACAGGACGGACUGCCGCCGCCUUCUUCGUUGCGUGCUUAG